AUGGACGUCUUGCAGCGCUUGAGUCCCGGCUUCGUGGAGAAGAGGUUUCCCGCCCGCCCCCUGGCGGGUGACAAGUCGGCCGUGGCUAUAGCCGCUAAGAGGGCGAUCCGCCAGGUGGCCCUCCAAAAAGGGGCCAAAUCAGCGGACCCUUCACCGGCGCCAUCGGCACCGGUCGUAUUGUCCGGGGAGGACUUCCCUUCCCUCCCUGCGUCUUCCAAAGGGAAGACUAAGAGGUCCAAGGGAGGGAAGGAGGUAGCCUGGACCGCCUUCGGUCCUUCCACCAGCGGUGGUGGCGCCGGGGCCAGCGCGGCGGGGUGGACGGAGGUGGUCCGCCGCAAGGCCCCCAAGAAGAAGGAGGUGGUGUCGGUUCCAAAGAAACCGGCGCCACAGCAGAAGGAGGCGGGCCCUAAAGAGGGCCCCAAGAAGGUGAUGCUCCCGCGCUCCCAAGCCGUAAUCAUCAAAUUACGGCCUGAGGCAGCGGCCCGAGGGGCAUCAUAUUUGUCGGUCCUCCUCAAAGCUGAGAAAGAGGUGGACCGAAAGGAGCUGGGAAUAGGGCCCCUGAAGAUCCGUGCUACGGCAACGGGGGCCCGGAUCAUCGAGGUGCCCGGCUCCACCAGUGCGGACAAAGCCGACGCUUUGGCCGCGAAGCUGAAGUCCACACUGGCAGAGGAGGUGGAGGUUACGAGGCCCGUGAAAUAUUCUGACCUGAGGGUCACGGGCCUCAACGACGCGACAACCGCGGACCGGCUAAUAGCCGCGGUCGCGCAGGAGGGGGGCUGCACCGAGGCCCAGGUCAGGGUGCGCAACGUGCGCCCUGGGCUUCGAGGCACAGGCUCUGCCCUGAUAGAGGUGCCAGCUGUGGCGGCCAAAAAGCUGCUGCAGCUGGGAAAUAUAUCGGUGGGGUGGAGCCAAGUGCGGCUCUCAUACAUGGAGGCACGACCCAAGCACUGCUUCAAGUGCUUGGGAAUGGGGCACGUUGCGGCCGCAUGCCCCAGUCCAAAUGAUCGCAGCGGCCUGUGCUACCGCUGCGGCAAGGAGGGCCACAAGUCCGCCCAAUGCAUCGCGUCACCGCGCUGCGCUGUGUGUGCGGACGCGAGUAAACCGGCGGACCAUGUGAUGGGGGGCCAUUCGUGCCGUCCUCCAUCCACCCGUGGGAAACUCCCCGACCAGCCUAAAAGGGCGGGGGUUUCGAGGCCGGCGUCAGGAGCUGAGAUGUCCGAAUAA